AUGUCGCGCUUCUUCCUUCCUUCAAUGGCAUUGAUGAUGAUUUGUUUCAUUGGCCCAACGCUGUGUCGGCAGCAAGACGAGGAAGAGAAGGGCUUCUGGAUGAGAAGUGCAGUCCAUGUCGUUAACAACCUCCCAGACCCAAUAAGGGUUCGUUGUCAAUCUAAAGAUGAUGAUCUCGGCCUGCAAACACUCCAACCUAGGCAAGAUCUUACUUGGAGAUUUGUUCCCAACGUGUUCAUAGACACUCUCUUUUACUGCCACUUCUACUGGGGCUCCAAGGAUAAAUUUUUUGAUGUUUAUAAUCAUGACAUGGGCAACCAUUGUUCAAUUUUGCAUUCCAAAGAUAAGAGCUGCUACUGGUCUGUACGAUCAGAUGGGUUUUAUUUUAGUGGUACCAAUGAGACUUACACAAAGAAAUAUGAUUGGUACUAG